UGUUUAGCUGUAAUACGUCUGGCACUGCUGUUCGAAAGCGAGCUGUGUGACAGUGGGUCAUUACACUCAGUACUUACUGUACUGGGGUUAGGGUGACGACGAAUGCAUUUCAAGCCAGUUUAGUUCACUUUUAUCACACAGGUAACUCGUCGCAUAAUAAAAGUCCGCGAUUUUCAUAAAUGGCCAUCGUGCUGCAACUGAAACCUUGAAUGCAGCGAGCUCGUGUACAGUGCAUCCAAAGGAAUUAAUUCGAUUAUUUUUACAUUGCCCAGGGGCGACGCGACAUGUUCGUCCCAAAUUUCACAUUCAAGUGUGUUCAUGUGUUGUUUAAAAAAAAGUUUCCGGCUCUUUUCUCCUACCUUGUUGUUCCCCUCGAAUACUAAUUUGUGAUUGGCAGAUGUGGGUGGGAGGUAGAGAAUACUUUUUUUCUGAGUCUGCACUAGCUCAGAAAACUAAGCAAGGGCCCAUAGGAAGUACUCAUUCCUCUCAUUUCUUCCCGGAGAAUACUCUAUCCUCAUCAAAGAUGAUACAUUGUGGCCCUGUGCUGUCUUUCACUCGAUGUUUGAUUCGUAGAAAAAUUAUAUCCCAGAGUGGCCUUGAAGAUUCCAAGCUAUGCCGCUGUUUGACCACCAUAGACUUGAUAGCGCUGGGAGUUGGCAGCACUCUCGGCGCUGGGGUUUAUGUUCUUGCUGGUGAGGUUGCAAAAUGGGAUUCUGGGCCCAGCAUUAUCAUCUCCUUCCUAAUUGCAGCCUUGGCUUCAGUGAUGGCGGGUCUGUGUUAUGCAGAGUUUGGAGCUCGUGUUCCAAAGACUGGUUCUGCAUAUCUGUACAGUUACGUGACUGUUGGUGAACUCUGUGCAUUCAUCACAGGCUGGAAUUUAAUUCUUUCUUAUGUCAUUGGUACAUCAAGUGUUGCCAGGGCAUGGAGUGGUACCUUUGAUGAACUUCUUGGCAAACAGAUCGGAAUUUUUUUUGGCACCUACUUCAGGAUGAAUGCACCAGGAUUGGCAGAAUACCCUGACUUCUUUGCUGUGUGUCUGAUAUUACUAUUAUCAGGUCUUCUAUCAUUUGGUGUAAAGGAGUCUGCUUGGGUCACCAAAGUAUUUACAGCCAUCAACAUUGUGGUCCUUACAUUUGUUAUGAUUACGGGGUUUGUGAAAGGAGACCCGGAGAACUGGAAGAUCAGUGAAGAAACUCUCAUCAAUUUCACAGUAAUCACAAGCAAUUUGUCAUCUGCGGAGAAUGUCACCAGCAUUUAUGGUGUGGGUGGUUUUACACCAUAUGGAUUAAAUGGAACAUUGGCUGGUGCUGCAACCUGCUUUUAUGCCUUUGUUGGGUUUGACUGCAUUGCUACCACAGGUGAAGAGGUGAAAAAUCCCCAAAAGGCUAUUCCCAUUGGAAUUGUGACUUCACUUUUGGUGUGCUUCCUGGCUUACUUUGGAGUUUCAGCUGCACUGACCCUCAUGAUGCCUUACUACCUGCUGGAUGCUAGAAGCCCACUUCCUGUGGCCUUUGAAUAUGUCGGCUGGGGCCCUGCAAAAUAUCUGGUUGCUGUGGGAUCUCUUUGCGCAUUGUCAACAAGUCUGCUUGGUUCCAUUUUCCCCAUGCCUCGCGUAAUCUAUGCUAUGGCUGAAGAUGGGUUGCUUUUCAAAGUUUUAGCCCGCAUCAAUUCUAAGACGAAGACUCCAGUUGUUGCCACAAUAUCGUCAGGUUUGGUUGCAGCUGUCAUGGCAUUUUUCUUUGAUCUUAAAGCCUUGGUGGAUAUGAUGUCCAUUGGGACACUCUUGGCGUACACUCUAGUAGCAGCAUGUGUACUUCUCCUCAGGUAUCAGCCAACUUCAUUCUACAAACAAAAUAAUUGUUCAGACGGAGAGAACCUUACAGCUGAGGAAGAUGGUGAAUUAGAUGGAAAUGCAUCAGAGUCCCAUUUGACUGUGCUCAAAGAACAAGACCUCAGCUGUUCAUUGCUGCUGAAUCCCUCACUGGUUCCAACAGAACAGACAUCAGCAGUGGUAUAUGGAUGUGUGGGGUUUAUAACUGUUACCGUUUGUGCAUUGAGUGCACUGAUUACUUAUGGCAAUGAAGCAAUACUUUCUCUGGUUCCCUGGAGCAUUGGUCUUCUUGCAAUAUUCCUGCUCGUGUUCGGUGUCGCUGUUUUCAUCAUCACAAAGCAACCUCAAAGUCAGACCAGAGUGGUAUUCAUGGUGCCAUUCUUACCAUACCUGCCUGUUCUUAGCAUCUUUGUCAACGUUUACUUGAUGAUGCAAUUGAGUGGAGGAACCUGGAUCCGAUUCUCUAUUUGGAUGAUUUUUGGAUUUGCUAUCUAUUUUGGUUACGGCAUCAGACACAGCGUGGAAGGCCAGCAAGACAAUGAAUCGGUGCAGAGUGAAACUGAGAACACAAAAAAUAUAGAAGGAAUGGAUGACAAUGAUAUGCCAACUGAACUUGACCAAUUUAUUCGUCAUGAAAAGACAAGUGAAUGUUAGCUUUGGCAUGCGGUUUGCCUCCCCUGACAUAUUUGUGUUUUCAUGAGCAGUGAAGCUGUAUUGACUUUGGUCUCAGAAUUAUGUCAAAGUUCUGUACAGGGACAACCAAUGAUUUUUUUUUUUACAACAAAUAAUCUGAGCUUGCCCAUGCAGGAACUGAAGUGUGUUUGCUGAUCACCUGCAUGUACCUCGAUGCUCUUUUCAGUGUCACCAUGAUUGAUUUACACUCAUCAAAAUAACGUUGAAUGAAAGUCUAAGUAUUUUUUACCCAUAACAGAAAGAUCUUGGCGAUGAGACAAGACUAUUUAUUGGGACAUGAGCAAUGGUGUAAGAUUUUAAUUUCCAAUUUGUGAUACAUUCUUUUUCUAAAAAAUUAUAAAUUAGAAGAACAUCUUUUAAACACUUGGCAGUAUAAUGCAAAGGUUGUAUUACUGGCCUUAAAACAUAGGUAUGAGAAUAAUCCAGUUACAGGAUCAUACUAAACUUUUUGCAUUCAGUUCCUUUUAGAAAAGACUGUCGUAGCUAGGUUUAGAAACAAAUGGGAAGGAUGAGAGAAACGAAAGUGUAGGGAAUAUUUUUUAUCCAUUUACUAAACUCAGGAAAAUGUUUGGUACUCUAUAACAUUCAAUCCUCCAAUAACUCAUUAACUGCAAAUCCUCUCGGGCCACAAUCUGAUAUUAGAUCUUUUUGGGACUAAAUGUUUUAUAAUGUAGAAAAAUGUAUCACGUAUAUCCGAAAAUGAGAACCAUACAUACCUCUAAACUAACAAAGCUAUACAAAUGAUGUUUACUGUGUAAAAGUGUUGACAAAUCCUUAAGGGAUGUUUCUAUCAAUUUUAUAAUGCUAUAUUUUUGUUUUAAAACACCUGAUUUUAGUUCACCAUAUAUUGAAAUGAAUAAAUAAUGUGAAUUGCCAGCCUCCCAGCUCAUGUGGUGAUCAGUUAAAGUAAUUUCACCUUAAAACCAAGAAAUAAGAUUAAGAGUGGUCUGUCAUUCAGCCUUGUCCAAUUGUUUUAACAAUUCUGGCAUUAUUAGUGGCAUGGAAUAAUAAUGUUUCAGGAAAAUUCAGCAAUUUUGUUUCCUGAUAUCUACUGUUACCACAAUUAUCAGUAAACCACCAGUGAUAGAGGGAUAUUUUUGCUGGUUUGAUGCUGAGAGGUUGAUCAUUUUUAAACAUUAUAUAUUAUUCAUCAAUCCAUCAAACGGCAGAUUCUUACAAUUGGUGGCUAAUGAAACAUACAAGUAAUUUUCUACCUUUAACACAGAUAGUAAACUGCUGUUUGCUGCCAGUGAUAAUAUUUGAUUUUCAUUGGGUAUGUGUGGUGGAUGGUUGAUCCAUUAACAUGUCUUUGCAAAAUAAAAUGAAAAUUACUCUUGACUUUUAUUGAGGUGCUACUGCCUAGAAAUCCAUCCUGUCAAGAGUUCUAAAUAUCUAUGGAGCGAAGGUAAUAGGCAACGCUUCAGGUCGAAACCCUUCUUCAGACUCUUUUGGGUGCAGGAGGUAGCACCAAUGCAGUCGGCGAUGUAGCGAAGGUAUAGUUCGGGGUUAGGGCCACGGUACGCCUAGGACAAGGAUUGUUCGACGUACCCUACAAAGAAGCAGACAUAGCUAGGGCCCAUGAGCGUACCCGUAGCAACGCCUUGUAUUUGGAGGGAAUGGGUGGAGUCAAACGAAAAGUUAUUAAGGGUAAGGACCAGCUCCGCGAGGCAGAGGAGAGUAUCAGUAGACGGGGAUUGGUUGGUUCUGCGGACGAGGAAGAAACGGAGGGCUUUGAGACCCUCCUGGUGGAGGAUGGAGGUGUAGAGUGACUGGACAUUGACCCGAAAAAGUUGCCUAUUUCCUUCGCUCCAUAGGUGCUGCCUCACCCGCUGAGUUUCUCCAGCAUUUUUGUCUAUCUUCGAUUUUCCAGCAUCUGCAGUUCCUUCUUAUAAUUAUAAUAAUAAUAAUAAAUGUUAUUUAUGGGCGCCUUUCAAGAGUCUCAAGGACACCUUCUAAAAAAUUAGCAGGUAGAGGAAAAACAUGUAAGGGGAAUGAAAUAAAUAGUAGAGACAUGACUAGUACACAAAGUAAAGACAGAAUUCAAUACAAAACACAAUAUGAGGCAAUUAAUGCACAGAUGAAAAGGGAGGGGGACGUGGGGCUAAGGAUAGGCAGAGGUGAAGAUAUGGGUCUUGAGGCGGGACUGGAAGAUGGUGAGGGACACGGAAUUGCGGAUCAGUUGGGGGAGGGAGUUCCAGAGCCUGGGAGCUGCCCUGGAGAAGGCUCUGUCCCCAAAACUGCGGAGGUUGGACUUGUGGAUGGAGAGGAGACCGGCUGAAGUGGAUCUGAGGACCGUGAGGGUUCAACAAGAGUUCUAAAUAUAUUGCAUUUUAUUCCACCUCUAUAAUCUAUACCACUGACUUCAAAGUGCAUUUGGUGGUGUUGAUGGAGUGUGAAUUUUUAGGCAACUGUCUUCCACAAUUACUAACUAACUUAACACAUUUUGUGAUACAUUUCAGGUGACCAUGAACUUCUGUAGAGUUCUAAAUAAAGAAACAUUUUUUUCUUGUGCUAAAGGAGGGUUCUGGUACAUUAGGGGAAAAAACUGCUGCUUAUUAAUCAAAACACUUGUUCUAUACCAAUCCCAAAUAUAAAGGUGACAAAAUAACAGUGGUGAAGAAUUUUAAACAAUCCUGACUAAGUUAAAAUAUUUUAAAAAUUAGUCUCCACAUGUUUCACAAUAUGAUUAGACUGUAAUUAAUAUUGGUGGAAUUUUCAAAAGAUGUUCCUAUUCGAUUGGUAUUUGCCAUUGCCAUUAAAAGUACUGGUUUCACUGCUCAUUAUGCUGAAACACAAAAUAUGCUGGGAAAGAAAUGCCUAAAUUCAUUUUAUUUUGCCAAAUUAAACUUGACUAGGUUGCUUCAUUUUGAAAAAAUAAUGAAGCGUUAAAGAAACUGAAUUAUAAAUAAUUGUAAUGAAUUCACAAUGCUGUUUAAUUACUACUUGUAUAAUAGAGCAAUAUUUUUGUGUACUUUGAUGAAUUACAGUUCAUGCAGCCAUUUCAAGAAGAUAGAACUAUUUUAAACAAGACUUCACUAGGUGAAGGAUUUAGAUUAGACAAACACUGGCCAAAGUAUAUUUUAGUUGAUAAAGCAUUUAUAUGUUCAUUGUAUAUAUGAUGUAGAUUUAUUUCAAUUUAAUUAUGCAGCUGAGAACAUGUUCCCUCGUGCAAAUGAGUGUGUGUUGGUGUGUUGGUGAGACUCUCCCUGUGGUGAGUUCCCAUUCUCAAUCAAAUCAUCAGAAAAAGUGGAAGGGAAGGCCCAGGUUGGAUAAUAGGACAGUGUUAAACCUCCUUGUAAAGGCUAUGGGGAAUGCCUGUGAGACCUGCCAAUGAACAGUUUAGUCACCUGUUCUUUGACCUGGACCUAGUAAAUCACCUAGGGUAAGAACAUUAACAAGAUAUUUUAAAGUAUUUUAAGUAUAUCUUAUCUGAUGUCUUUAUUCAUUUAAAAGAUGCUGUCAUUGCUGGCAAGGCUGGUAUUUAUUUCCUAUUGUAUUUGCUUUUGAAAAGUUUGUUGUGAGCCAACUUCGUGAAUUAGUGUAGUCCUAAUGGUGAGGUCCAUCAUUUAGACCCAACAACAGAGGAUCCAGCAAUAUAUUUCUAAAUCAGCAUUCAAAUAAACAGAUACAAAUUAUGAAAGCUUUGAUCUAGCAUUGUCGUGCAGACCAUGUUAACUAUGCAACUUCAGACCGCACGUCUCUGCGUAACUCUUCAAUGAAGGGUUUGUACAAUUCCCAAUGUAAAGCUAGCCGUGGCAGUUAAAGAUCAUCAAAUUUUAAGUGAUUGAAUAUUUUUUUUUGAUUUGUACUAAAAUUGCAUUUGAGCAGAUAUGCAAUUGCACAAAUAUAUUAAACUAUUUUCAAAAAUCUUUACAUCAGAUCAUUGUAUUUUUAAAUUGAAAAAAAAGUUUAUUUGUUCAGAGAUAUUAAUCAGUAUUUUAUAUAUUUUAAACUUUUGUUAUCCUCUCCGUUCUUAUCUCCAGAAUUGAGAGGGAGAGGUUUAUUGAUCAUUGAGAUUCCAGAAAGAGCAGGAACUCCCUCAAACCCUUUAUUUCUUCUUCGCGAAAUCCUCAAUGUUUUCACUUCUGUAAAGCUCCAUCUCCAAAGGAAAUCUACAAAAGUCUAUCCCUGUUGGGAGAAAAGACUUUUGAGGGCAAAAAUUCAGAACCAAGAUUUUAUUUUUUUUCUUUUCUCACUGUAUGGAAAUCGUGGGUCAAAUCAUUCCACGUAAUUUAUGAUCUUGAUGAGUUUGAGCUUGACAAUCUCUCUCAUUGAGGGUGUUCCUGGGUGGACUGUUAUGAAGCGGGGAGGAGGGUAGCAUUCUGAGUAAAUAAGAUCCCUCUCCUAUUAAAGACCAUUGGAGUCUAUAUUUGAAGGUCAUUACCUGAAGGGAAUCAAAUUCUCCUGAGGGAUGGAAAAGGCACAUAUGUGGGGAAGUACUAAAAGUAGUUAAAUGACAUUUAAGAAAAUAGGAAAGGGUUUUGAAUUUUUUUUCUUCAGAAUGUCCCAAAACAUAUAGAGCCAAAUAAAUAUUUAUGUUAGAAGAACUGGCGAGCAACUUAAUCAAGGAAAGAUCACAAGGAGAACAAAUGUGUUCUUUGUAGAGUGCCAUUGAAAGUAUUUCUCAUAGACAUCAUCCUUUAAAAUACAUCCCCCACCUACCGCACCAAGAUGUCAGCCUAGAUAGUUGCUCAAGUUUCUGGAAUCAAUCCUUGCCUAUAAAUUUCAGAACUGCUGACAAAACAUUGAACUAAUUUUGCCACUUGCAAUUAUUAAUUAAGCAGAGGUUCCAUACUUCAUCACACACUGUGCUAUGUGAUAGCAGUGAAGGAAAAAGCAAUUGCUGUAAUUAGUUUCUGUAUCCGCUUCGAUAAGAAAUUUGAUCUAUAUAGAGUUUCUACAUGCAAUCAUUGUUUAAUAACAUUUUCUAAAAAUAUGUGUUCUAAUUCACUGAAUGGAAUUCACACAUAGUGUCCUGUGAUCAAAAAGGUUUCCAAUACUGUGAAAUCUGAUAUUGCCUGCCUUAAUGUAGGGAAUUUCUGAAAAUAUUACAUGCAAAAUGCUGGGAGUAUUAAAGUGGACUUGUUAGCAUUGAUCAAGAAGAAGAAAAACAGAACUUGUAGUGUGGGUUUUUUCCUGCCUUCAUAUCACAGAAUCUGAUAAAAUUGCUAUUUCUAUAAAUAUUUGAAGAUGACUGACUGAGCUUAGUUGCUGAGAGUGCCCAGUAGAUUCAGUGCCUUCAGCAUACAGGGACUGUGAAUAGUCUUGCAAAUUUUUUAAUUUACUGCCUAACUUGGAAAGUUCUCUUUCAAAACUAGCUGAAUAUUUAAACUAUUUACAUUAUCCAUAGAGAUCCAUUAUCCGUUGAGAUAAUUUAUUUUGGUAAUUUAUACAACUUAGCUGUAAUGUUGACAAAAAUAAUAAAGUUACCUACCUAAUAAAGAUAUUUAAAAAUAGGACAUCCAUGGUGGCAAUAAUGAAAAAAUAAUGUGCUUGAUCAAUGUACUUUAAAUAAAUUGUAUGCAUAUUCUUAUUCUACUUAACAAAUGUCUACUACUUUGUAAUAAAAUUAGUAUCCUGUAUUUCUAAUACAAUUACAGCAUUUGAAGUAUAUGUUUUAUUUGUUGAACACAAUUCACACCCUGCACUCAUCCCCCAUUAUCAGAUAUUGACUCGCACUCCUAUUAAAUUCACUGAUCUAAAU